AUGGCAGACAACAACCCUGCAGUCAACAGUCUAGCGGACAACAGCGAAGCAGAGCGCGAUAUGCAGAAGUUCGCGAAGGAGGUUGGAGGGUCGACGCAAGAAAAGCCGAUGAGGAAGAAGAAGGGAGGAGCGGUGGAGGAGGUGAAGGUAACACUGGAUGAGAUGAAGAAGCUUAGGAGCGCAGGGAUAAGAGGGUUUGAAAACGUACCCCCGUGGGUCUUUACCAAGGAGCAGCUGCUGCAGCAGGAGUGGAAAACAAGGGAUGAGAAACGGCCGAAGCAUCUGAAGGAGAGGAUGGAGAAAAUUUCUAGUGGGCCCAAGUUGGACUGGACGACAUUCUUUCAGAAGAGAAAGGUCUCGAUGCGAGGAGUAAACGACCUGAUGAUUGCGCUGAAUCGAAGGAAGGACUUCAAGACGACUGUUAGUGUGUUUGAGAAGAUGGGGGAGCAGGGUUUGGAGAGAGAUCAGCACAGUUACACAACUGUGUUGUAUGCGUGCAAAGGGCUCGGUUUGCUCGACAAGGCGAUGGAAAUAUUUGAGACUAUGAGGCAUUCUGGUCAGAAGAUGAGCAGCCCAGCCCCAUAUAAUCAGAUGAUCCAUAUCUUGAUGAAAGCAGGGAAGUUGGAGCAAGCGAUGUGUAUCAUCGAUGUCUUGAAGGCUGAUGGGUUGAAACCGGACAAGAUCACUUACAGCAACAUGCUCUAUGCCGCAUGCUACGGCAACGAGUACGAGCCCCCAUUCAG